GGGGCGGGUCCUGCCCGUCCCUCACAUAAAGCGGCCGCGCGGGGCAGCCGGGGCGCUGCCGGCUCCGAGCCGGCUCCGGGCUCGUUCUGUUCCUGCUCCUGUGUCGCUCCGAGCCGGCUCCGAGCCCGCUCCAUGCAGGAUCUGCCGGCUCCGGGAUGAGCCCGUGGCAGCAGCGGCCGCCCAACGCCAGCGCGGCUGUGGGGCCGGGCCCGCGGGGGAACGGCACGGGCCGGGCGGCCGAGCGCGGCAGCGCCGUGUCCGUGGCCAUCCCGCUCACCAUGAUGCUGACGGGCGUCGUGGGCAAUGCCCUGGCCAUGCUGCUCGUGUCCCGCAGCUACCGCGCCAAGGGCAGCCGCAGGAAGCGCUCGUUCCUGCUGUGCAUCGGCUCCCUGGCGCUCACCGACAUGCUGGGCCAGCUGCUCACCAGCCCCAUCGUCAUCUCCGUGUACCUGUCGGGCCGGCCCUGGGCCACCAUGGACCCCUCGGGCCGCCUCUGCGACUUCUUCGGCUUCAGCAUGACGGUGUUCGGGCUGUGCCCGCUGCUGAUCGCCAGCGCCAUGGCCGUGGAGCGGGCUCUGGCCAUCCGCGCCCCGCACUGGUACGCGAGCCACAUGAGCCCGCGGGCCACCGAGCGCGGCCUGGUCGCCAUCUGGGCCUCCGGCGUGGCCCUGGCGCUGCUGCCGCUGGCCGGGCUGGGCCGCUACGCCGUGCAGUGGCCCGGCACCUGGUGCUUCAUCAGCACCGCCGGCGGCAGCGCCUUCGCCGCCGCCUUCGCCGCGCUGGGGCUGCUGUCGCUCGUGGUCACCGGCGCCUGUAACCUGGCCACCAUCGCGGCGCUGGUGGCCCGCUGCCGGGCCAAGGCCGGCUCGCGCUGGGGCCGCAUCGCCACCGAGACGCUGCUGCAGCUGCUGGGCAUCAUGUGCGUGCUGUCCGCCUGCUGGUCACCGCUGCUGAUCACCAUGCUGAGGAUGAUCUCUGAGCACACGGCUGGGCCCUGCCGGGCCGGCUCCGGGGAGCCCCAGCGCCGGGAGCCGCGCCAGGAGUGUGACCUGUCACUGACCGCCGUGCGCCUGGCCUCCCUCAACCAGAUCCUGGACCCCUGGGUGUACCUGCUGCUCCGCAAAAUCCUGCUCCAAAAGGUCUGCCAGGCAGCCAGCGCCGUGUCCAAGUGCUCCAGCGCCGAGGACAGGGACAGAUCUGUCUCCCUGGCCAAGGAGAUCCGCCGGACCGCGGCCUGAGGGUGUUCCCUGCAGGGAAACCCUCCUGGGAGCCUGCUGACCCCUCACGGUGUCACUGCUGGAGCCAGAGCACCAAAUCCUUCCUGCCAAAGGUGCCACAAGUGCUGGGAUACAGCAGGACACGACCCUCUGCAGUCAUGGCUGAGCUGCACAGCGAGAGGAGGACACGUCCUCAUCCAUGGUCACUGCAGAACAGGAGGAGAGCACAUCCUCAUCCAUGGUCACUGCAGAGCAGGAGAAGGACAUUCCAUGGUCACUGCACAACAGGGUGAGGACAUUCCAUGGUCACUGGAGAACAGGAGGAGAACACAUCCUCAUCCAUGGUCACUGCACAACGGGAGGAGGAUGUUCCACAGUCACUGCACAACAGGGUGAGGAUGUUCCAUGGUUCCUGCACAACAGGAGGACAUGUCCUCAUCCAUGGUCACUGCACAGAGGAGAAGAACAUUCCAUGGUCACUGCACAACAGGAGGACACGUCCUCAUCCAUGGUCACUGCACAGCAGGAGAAGAACAUUCCAUGGUCACUGCAGAACGGGAUGAGAACGUUCCAUGGUUACUGCAGAACAGGAGGACAUUCCAUGGUCACUGCAGAACAGGAUGAGAACGUUCCAUGGUCACUGCCACUCGUGGCUGAGAUGCACAGAGGAAGGUCCUGUGAGCCUGAAGUAGAGCCUGAGGGGGCUUCUCGUGCUUUAAGGUGGAAAAAAUUGUUUUCCUGACAGCCAGCAGAUUCUCCAGAUGGAAUUACUGAAGGGAGAUACUCCCUUAAAUACUGCUGAGAGUAUUUAAUACUAAAAUUACCUCCUUCAGAGAGUCCUUCCUCCUUUUUGCUGGAGGUACAGAAAGAGAAAGGGAGAAAAAAACACAGGAAUAAGGAAAAAAAGUUAAAUUUGGUUGGAUUUCAGUGUCUUAAAACUGAGCAGGGGCUGUGGCAGUGAUGGAACAUCCAUCUCUUCCAAGGACUGAAGGCAGCACGAGUCUCCUGCCUCCUGAUAAACGCUGAUCCAUGUGGCAGCUGCAGGGAGCUUGAGGAGGCUGCAGCACCGGGGCAAGGGGAGAAAUCCCUGAUUUUUCCCUGGCAGGCUGUGGAAUGUGCAGGGAGGCUGGAAUUGCUGCUUGAGGGGGGCAGAUGGAGAGGAGGAGAGUCAGAGUCAGACCCACUGCUGCCACAGGAGCUGCUUUCCUGGGAAAUGCUGUGUCCAUGAGCAGCAAAUGCUGUGGGAGGAACGGGGCUGGCACUUGGGGCCUGCAGAGAGCCCAGAGCAUCCCAAAGAGUUCAGCUCUUCCUCCAGGAACACAAAUGGGGCAGCUCUGGGAGUUUUUAAACUGCAGCAGACUGGAAGCAGUGGGUGGAAUUGUGUGAAUUUGUCAGGUCUUUUCCCAAAGAAACUUCCAUGGUUUAGUUACAAACUCAGUUCCAAUCCAUUGGUGCCACAUCUGAGGAUUGUUUUUUAAAAAGCUGUGCCUUAAGGCAUUUUCUUCACCCUUCUGGGGCUGACAGCCUCUCAUGUCUCCUGUUUUGUGGCCUUUGGGGUGAAAUCAAGUGCAAAUACAGUAAAAUACAGCUGAUAUUCCAUGUGCCAGGUGCUGUGGAAUUCAGGGGUCUUACAGGCAAAUGAAGUCCUGCAUCUGAGAGGAAUUUCUUUACUUACAAAACCUUUACUUUUUUAAAUUUGUUUAUCAAAGUAAUUCCUCAGCAAAGAAUCUGUGCCUUCACUUUUGUCCUGCAUUGUCUGAUUCUUGUCCACAUAAAUCUGAUUUUAUCCAGGUGAUGUCUGAGUCCAGCCUAAAAGCCAAGGUUUAGCUUUAAUUGAAGACCCAGCCUAAAUUUCAUGGAUUAAAUGCCUUUUUCAGUUUGA